ACUAACUAAUUUAGAGAAAAAUAUGAAAUUAACCAAGUUUCAGUCAAAUUCAUACAUUGUACGACACCAGCAUAACUUCAAGUGACUAAAUACGGUACAAAGGAAUCGGAGAAAAUCGUCAAUUUUCAAAAACCAAAGCAAGAAACUAGUUCCGACGGAGGUACAAAAUAUUCCGUACGGCGUAAAGCUACCAAGAUGGUGGACGCGGGAAGAAGACAAAUGUAGCGAGGAUAUGGAAGGCAUUUAACAUUUUGGGGCUCUUUUGUGUGGUCCACAAAGUGCAGUAUGGCCAGUCUGAUGACAUCCCCCAGUACGAAGGAGGGAACGUUUCUGUACCACAGCCGGCUGGGCAGCUCCCUGCUGUACCAGCUGUCUGCCCGGGAAAGAGAGCUGGACCUGGUGCUGCUGGACCACUGUUACGCCAAACCCUGGAGUCAGCAUCCCGACGCCAGCCAUGCACGCCCCGCUCGCACCCUGUUUGUGCCGAAGAAUAUCCGCCACCAGCAGAACGAACCAAUCAAUACCAAAGCAGAAAUUCCAGUGGAUGUUGUGGGAGCACCCAAGCCCGUAGCUGUUCCAUAUGAUGGGGUGAAGGCACGGUCUGUUAUGAACGAGUGCGAGCGCCAUGUGAACUUCGCUAGAACAGACUCCGUAGAGCCACCAAAUGAUGAUGACUGGGAAGAGAGACUGACAAGAACUGGCUGGACUCCAGCCCAGAAUAAGCUGUUCAACAAGGUCCUGAAGGGUCUACAGGCAGACAGACUGGCCAGACUCACAUAUGAAGGGGCUGUUAACGAGCCCGUCAUGCGGAGGAUCCACGUGGACAAGUGUGCCAGACGGGUGCGGCAGGCGCUGGGCUCUGUGUCAUGGGACCCAAAGUUGACCCAGUGGCUGCACCAGACUCUGGUGGACAGUCUGAGCAGACCCUUACUGGCAGCUUACCUGGAUGUCCUGCAGACUCUUAAGUCCAAGGUUCCAGGUUUAGUAGACAAGAUGAUCAGCUUGUCCACCUCUCAAGGAGCGGCGAGCGCUGAGGCUCUGAGCCUCCUCCUGAAGCGCCCCUGGGACCCCGCUGUCAGCGUCUUUACCACCCACAAACCGGUAUGCAGCUUAUAUGGCGAGACAACCACAAGCUCUACCCAUUCUCUCCCCUCACAGCGGAAGUUGCCGGGAUCUCCCAUCUUGCUGAUCGCGCCCAGCGGUCCCACCCACCCGUCGGUGCACCACUCCCGCCGCAUGCGGCUCUGGAACAACCACCUGUCCAACCUGGGCAAGGUCAUCCCGGUCACCAUGCACACUGUCAACGGAGGGUCAGGGGUCACUGUUUCCCAGCUGUUGGAACACAUGGUCAGCGCAGUCAAGAACAAAGUGGGAGAGCUACGGGGCCAUUUCCCAAACAGACCCAUUGUGCUGAUAGGCUGGUCAGUAGGAGGUCUCAUCGCCCUUCAUGCUGCUGUGUCGGAGUCGGUGAAUGCAGUCGUCUGUCUGGGCUUUCCUUUUGUAGGGAUGGAAGGAGGCCGUGGGGACAUAGACGACCCUCUCCUGGAGCUGAAGACACCGACCCUGUUCGUGGUUGGUCAGGACUCGCCCAUCUGUUCCGUGGACGACAUGGAGGACUUCCGGGAGAAGAUCAAGGCCGACAACCAGCUGGUGGUGGUGGGCGGGGCCGACGAGAUGUUACGGCUCACCCGGGGGAAGAAGAAACAGGAGGGGGUGACCCAGACCAUGGUGGACAGGUGUAUCCAGGAUGAAAUCAGUGAGUACCUAGGGGGUAUCCUGUCGUCCCAGGUCAGCUCUGGCACCCUGACCCUCCACUCAGACCCCCCUGCCGACAUGGAGGGGGAGGUACAGAAGAAACAGCGGCGGAGGAAGGUCCAGCGUGACCUGAGCACAGAGCUGGGCACCACGUCCUCCCCUGUGGCCAAACAGAGACCUCAGACACCCAGUAACAGUAGUGAGGGUGUAGCGUCCCUCCCCAGCACCCCUGGCACCCCUGGGUCUAAAGGUGAGAAGCCCUCCCCACAGAAGGUGUCUACAGGAACAUCCACCACCAUAAGUGGCUCCCUGUAUGCUGCACAGUACGCAGCGUUCCUCAAACAACAGGCCAACAAAGCUUCACUCACCAGUCAGAAGACACCAGGAAAGGGACGAGCCCAGGCACCAAAACGCAAGCGGGCGGCCAGUGCAGCCACUCUUGAAGAUGGCCCCGGUGCAACCAAGAAACGUGCACGGCAAACCUCCGCAUCAGAGAAGAUACCAUCUAAAGCCACCAGAGUCCCGGAGGAGUCUCGUCCUGUGCCCCCCUCCCCCUCAGCUGCCUUCCCCAGCCCAUCCACUCACAGCACACUGACCAGUCUGCUGCAGUCCCCUCCAACCAGCCCUACAGUCUCGGCUGCUGCCGGGGUCUCAGCACCUACUGGCCCUGGUCUGGUCUCCGGACCCUCCGCUACCAAGUCUCUGUCUCAGCUCCAGCAUCAGGCGUUAUCACAGAUGGGUCUUCCCAAAAAUGCUUCUCACAGCAGCAUCUUACAAGGACUUAGUCUACAGGCCCAGCAGCACAUGGGGGGAGCUGGGGCAGCCGGUGCAUCUGGGCUGUCCUUCAGUGGGCUGACCUCCCCCCUCAGUCACAGCGACCACAGUCCUACAGCACCAGGGAUGCUGCUCACCACAAACCAGCUGGCAUUGUCAAAGGGAGAUGUCACCCAGGAAGCACCACAUCCCACUGUCUCCUCCUCCACAGGCUCAUUAGCAGUGACUACUGUUUCUGGUACAAUGCCAGCAGCAGUGACUACAGCAAUAGACAGCCACCCCAUCCCUAGCUCUACUGCCUCCAUAGCCAGCAUGUCACAGAUACAGCAGCUGCUGUCCAGUAUGCAGAAAGCCCCACAGAAGGCAGGUGCCCUGACACUAGCGCUUAACACACAGGCACACUCAUCCAGCUCUACAACCUCCUCUUCCAUAGCCAGUCUCCUGACUGCUCCAAAGGGCACUGUAGCAGCCCUAAGUCAGCAGAGUACUCCUCAGGCUGCUGGCACUAUACGCCAGAGCCCCAAGUCAGCCUUUGUAGCCAUGCAGCAGCGAGCAGGUAUGGAUGUGGACGUCAAUGACCCAACCAAAAUAGAGGUGAUUCAAAAGCUCCAGUUCCAUGACUUUCCCCUGACCACUGGCAGUUUAACCUCGGCAACAAGCUCUGUCACACAGGCCAAGAUUCUGAAGAGUCUGGACCUGGGAAAGCUGCCUAUCCUGUCAGAAUUCACCAAGUCGUCCGAGAAGUCGUCCACCCUUGGUGCCGUUCAAGCAGCCCAGGCUCAAGGCAGAUCAUCAGUGUCACCUAAACCUGUCCAGACUAAAGCAACGUACUCUCUAGGGCGGCUUGGGGCCGUGUCGUCAACAACUUACAGUCAAGAGGCAACAGUGCAGGAUCCAGACAGACCUCGCACCAGCGUGGCAGACACUGGUACAGAGUAUGACAUGGCAGAACCCUCCCGCAGCAUUGCCCUGGGCAGGAUCCCUACAGUGGACCCUUCUGAUGGUCAGCAGCCCUGCCCUUCCCCUGUGACUACAGCAGGAACAGACAGCACCAGUCUGACCUCCCACAUGUACACUAUGGACGGGGCAGGGACAGGCAUGGCACAAGGCAACGGCCGAGGGCGCAGGGGGAAGAGCAAUGGGAAAAACUUUCAGUAGUUGAUUAGAAAUUUCAGAGGGGAACAGAAGUUGAACUACCAAACAAGGACACACAGGAUAAGAAGAUGUUCAAACACAAUGGACUUUCUAUUAAAACAAAUUAAGAGAGUAUUGGUAGUCAAUGUGCUGUUUGCCGUAUUUUGUAAAUGUGUCUGUCAACUCACGAGGACUGACCAGAAGAACUGUCAUUACUCAAAGAACCUUCCCAGUUUUCAUGUCAACUUAUACAGUCAUAGCAUGAAAUCGGCUGUCCAAAAAAUGACCUCUUAAAACCAUGAAAGGCAUGAAUAUAAUGCACUAUACUUAAAGCUUUCAAAAUGUCAGCCAGGAUAGGUGUUAUUGUCCAAAUUGUAUAUACAUUAUACUAUUACAUUGUAUAUAUAUGCAGUGCUGUUAGAGGUUAACUUGUUCUUGUUGAAAGAAAGUUGGCAUUAAGUGAAAUAAAUCAUGAUCUGCA